AUGAAACUUGAGUUGGGAAAAAAAUGUUUGUUAGAACACUUUGAGUUUAAAGUAGAUAGAUCUUCUAAAACUCGGUACGAAGUGUCAUGUUUGGUGGACGGUUGCGUUUGGCGUUUUCGUGCAAUAAGUUUUGGGGAUAGUGGGGUGUUUUUUGUUAAGAGUUUUAACGAUAAACACACGUGCUCGAAGACGCUAACGUACCCACAUGUUCGUCAGGCAAACCCAAAGGUUGUUGCUCAUUAUUUAAAAGAACCUUUAAAAGACAGUGGUAGAAUAUAUCGUUGUAAUGAAAUAGUGAAAGAUUUUAGACAAAGAUUCCAAGUUGAGAUAACCACUAGUCAAGCUUGGCGUGGAAAAAGUCUGGCACUAGAGCUUUUACAAGGAUCAAGCAGAGAUUCGUUUGCAGAACUACCAUUUUACUGUUACAAUCUAGAGCGGGCAAAUCCUGGUUCUGUCACACAUAUCAAGACUGAUGACGAGCGUCCGUUUGAAAUGGUCUUUAUCGCGAUUGGUGCUGCGAUUCGUACCUUUAUCUGUAAUCUAAGACCGGUGGUGAUCAUUGAUGCUGCACACCUAAAGGGUGAAUUUAAAGGGACGUUAUUUUUAGCAGUAGGGAUGGAUGGAAACAACCAAAUUUUACCAAUUUCCUAUGGAAUAGGAAAAUCAGAGGAUGGUGAAUCUUGGACAUGGUUUCUGUCAAAGCUUAAAGAAUGUAUCGGUGAAAUACCUGAAAUGGCGAUAAUAUCGGAUAGAGCGAAUUCUAUACAUCUAGCUCUGUGGUGGAAGAUAUGCAAAUCGUACCGAUUGUCUGAUUUUAACGAGUCAUUCAAUGCUCUUUGUCUUGCUGUUCCUAGAGUACGUCACACUCUAACAAGUAUUGGGUUCGGUAGAUGGGCAAGGGUGCAUUGUCCAUGCAAUCGAUAUCAUUAUAUGACAUCUAACAGCGCGGAGUCUAUUAACGCUUUAUCUAGACACUCGCGUAAAAUGUCGGUAACGCAACUCUUAGAGUUCUUCCGGCAAUAUGUACAGAAAUGGUUUUACGAUCGCUGUUUGCAAGGUAUUCAUGAAAAACAUUUACUUACACAAUGGGCACAGAAGAAAAUUUUUAAAAAAAUUGAAGGGUCUAGAACCUGGACGGUUGCUGGGAUUGAGUUAAACAGUUAUUCUGUUGCAGACAGUGGAACGAGGGGUUUAGUUGACUUUGUUAAUGGAACCUGUAGUUGCCGAGUUUGGCAGGUUUCUGAUUUACCGUGCGGGCAUGUUAUUGCCGUGUCAAAAUUUUUAGGUGAAACCGAUUGCAGUAAGUAUUGCUUCCCGUGUUACUCAAACGAAGUCUAUAAAAAAACUUAUGAAGAAGCAAUUUAUCCACUUCCUCAUAGAUCUGAAUGGGAGAUUCCAGAAGACCUUAUCAAUCUUCAACCGUCGCAUAUGACAAAACGCCAGGCUGGUCGUCCUCGAGAAAACAACCGGAUCUUAUCCCGCGGGGAAGAACCUACUCCCCUGUAUUGUUCCCGGUGUAACUCAUACGGUCAUCAUCGGGAUGUCUGUCGGCAGCCCAUGCCGUCAAAAAUUCGUACUCGCAAAGGCCCAGACAAAGGGAAAGGGAAAGAAACCGAUGAUCCUGAUCAUUUUACACAAUCUCCGUCUGAUUAUAUGUAUCCGUCUUUUAACUUGGGAGACUUUUAA